ACAGGCCAACGGCAACUGCCGCCAACCAACCAACCAACAAAAACUGACGCAUGUCACAUGCGAAACCAAACCGACCUUCAUACAACAACAAAACCAAAAAUUCCUUCACCUCUCUCUUCCUAUUCUUACUUCGAUUACGAGAGAGAAAAUUAAUCUUCAGCAUCACACCGCAUAAGCAUCCAUUGACAAGCUAAGCGCUCAGGAAAGGCAACUGUACGAUACAGAGUACAGACUAAAGCAGAACCACCAGCACGAGCACUAGGCAAUACAAACAUCCACUCUACCACUGUUUAGACUGUCAUUGUGACUGUGCGUUGAGGUUGUGAUGUGACUGUUUCUAAGUUUAAUUUUUUGAGAGCUGAGAGUUUUCUUGAGCUGGAUUGAGGAGUUGAGAAAGAUUUGCGAUUUUAUUGAGAUUUUAGAAUUGAGAUGAGGCUGAUAGUAAUGGGAGUUCAUCGGCCGACGUAUUUUAUUUAUCUCCCUUGGAACUUGCCGUCGCAUACUAUGCAUGCAUCGCCUCUUCGAUAUGUGAUCAUCGUCAUAUCAUCAUCGUCAUUGUCGAAUAAAUAGUAGCAGUUGGACCGCGUUGCGCAGAGGUUGUUGCUUAACUCACUCUCACACAUACCUAUUUGUUUUAAAUUUUCUGGUUUUUAUGUUUGGCUAACAACAUCAUUUUUACGCGUGCAAAAUGUAUUUGUUUAUUUUUUUGUUUGUUUAUGUUUUUUUUUUUAAACUCGUGGCAAGGACGAUAGAAUAAGAGAAGAAUCAAAGAAGACAAACUAGGAGUAGUGACAGAUUAUAAUUUUAUUAUUUUAUCAAUCAAUUUUUAAAUUAAACAAUCAAACAUACUGAAUUGUGCCGUUUAUUUUUUUUUUUUUUUGUCACUGAAAUUUGCUGUUAUUAUUGCUGUUGUUGUUUUGUCCAUAGUUCAUACUUACUUCUUUUAUUGUUGCUGUUGUCGUUGUUGUUGCUGUUGUAACAACACCAACACAUCUGAUGAAUGAUGCUGUCAAAGAGUGCUAAGCUAACGCAUUGAUGAGAUUUCAUUCGCGGAUGAGGAGGACCGCCGAAAACGUCGCAGUCGUCGUCGUGAGCGGAUAAAAAAAUUAGAGAUGUGUGAAUCUAUGUUGAUUUAUUUUUUGUGUAUAUUUUACAAAAAAGGGGAAUUUUUGAAAAAUGUAAAUUUUGGUUUAAUUAAAAAAUUCCCUAUCAACUCGAGCACUAUUUUUUUUUUUUAUUUUAACUGUAGUUCGUCGUUGAUUUUGUUGCCUCUUUUAUCAAUAUAAUGGUUAUUAAAAUAUAAAAAAAAAAAAACAAAAAAUCGAAACUUAAAAAAAAAUAUUAAAUAAAACAAAUCUCUAAAGAAAAAAUGAUACUAACCAAAAGUGUGUAAACGUCUAUUGUCUACAUAACCUACCUGUAGAAAUGUGUGUGAAAGCAGUUGUCAUUUCAAAUUCUCUUCAACAAUUAAAAAAAAAUGCCUCUAAGUGAAAGAAAAAUAUUUACUUAAUCAAUAUCAAAAGUGUUAUUCCUUAAAAUUUGCAAAAUAAAUAAAUCAAAUAAAUGAAAAGGAAAGAGAAAAAAGGAAUAAUUCUACCUGUGUGUGUGUUUGUAUUGUUUAUUUUGUGUUUCUUUUAUUUUGAAGAAAUUCCGGAAGCUGAUGAUGAACAAAUUUAUUUAUUGAAUCGAAUUUCAAUUACAUAAGUGAUGCUGUGGUGGAAUAUAUCAUCAUCAUCAUCAUCAUCAUCGGCAAAUAAUAGCAUCUUUUCUGAAAGUGUCAAUGUUCAAUAUCAAUAAAAGAUAAAUAACUAAAAACCACACCCAAAGUAAACAUAAUUAUAAAAAAAAUAAAAGUGUUACUAUUACGUGCCAUUUUCUUAAAGUCGAAAAAAUAAAUCAACUAGUCAGACCAGUGCAUUUAACUGAAAAAAAAAAAUAUUAUAUUAAAAAAAUUGCUCACUAAAUUAAAUUAAAAAAAUAGUAUUAAAAAAGUGAAAAAUAUAGAAAAACAAGUGUUAAUACAAAAAAAUAUCGUUUACUCAAAAAGAAAACAAAUCGUUUGAAGAAAAGUCAAUUUUUAUGUUGUAUCUUGUGGAAACGGGCUUGGAUUUAAGCAGCAUGUCAUCAAAAAGGAAGUCACCUCCGAAUAAAUUUGAGGGCGGAGGUGGAGGAGAAAGCAGUGCUACAUCAGCUUCAUCGCCGUUCACAAAUGAAUUUGUGGGACAACACCAGCAUCAGAUGCACCAGAAACAAGAUCAUCUAAAACAUAUUUUUGACGCUAUCAGCAACACAACUGCAGCUGAUGCACAAUCAAGCACAAUUUCACCUUACAUCCAUCAUAUUAAUCAGUCUCCCAACUCACUGCAAGCCGCAGUGGCAAUAGCAGUGGCUGCACAGAACCAACAACAAGUAUGCUCUGAUACUGCUGAAUACAGUGACGCGCUUAAUGUUAGAAAUAACCACUCGCCAACUCACCACCAUCUUAAUUGGGAACACUUGAACAACGCAACAUGCACCUAUCUACCAAAGAUCAGCAGCAUCGUCAUGGGUGACAGUUAUGCCAGUCCUACUGAAAAUGACGAACACGGCGCAAUGCCAUUUGUCCCAGAUUAUAUGAUGAAGUCUGCCGGUUUGGAGAGACUGAAUAGGUUUACAUCAACAACGGAAAGUGCUGAUAAAGCUGAUAGAAGUGAAUCAUUAAAUGACUAUGAUGGUAUUUCGAUAGAUAAUAUUAAGACCCCAAAUAGUUGUACUAGUGUGAGCGCAUGGGGAAAAACAGACUGUCAACCACAGACCGAUGACGAAGAUGAGGAAGGUGUUUUGAGUGGUGCCGCAUGUGAGAAUGAUGUUCGAGGGGUUGUUGAAGAUGAUGAUGUUGAUGAUGGUGAAGAUGAAGGUGUGGGUGCUGAUGAUGACUGUGAAAGCAGUGAUCUGACGUUAUAUAUGGAUGACGAUGCUACUGGUGUUGCUGAAACGUGCCAUACAGAAGUGGAAAAUGGCGAAGAGGCUUUUGAGGCAGUUAGCUCGACAAGAGAAUUAUCAACUUUGAAAAGCGAGUUCAACCCUGAAUCUGAUGACUGCUCAUCGUCGCCGCCGAAAAAACGCUCGAAAAGCAAUACAAAUUUAGAAAGCAAUUUCACAACAAGUGUAAAUAAUAACAAUAAUAGCAAAAGCAAAAACAACAAUAAUAGUAAUAGCAACAAUAAUAACAAUAACAGUAGUAAUAUCAAUAAAAAUAGUAGUGAAUUAUAUUUAUUAAAUUAUUCAGGUGACAAUUUCAACGAAGCAAUACAACAUCCACAACAACAGCACCACCCACAACCACAACAAGAAGAACAACAAAUGCCACAGCAACAACACCAACUCUCACAUCACCAGCAACAACAAGGCCAACAACAACAACAACAAAACCAACAACAACAAAACCAACAACAUCAGAAAAUUCAUGAUAAUCCCGAUCAAUCUGAUCAGCCUUCAUUCACAAUAAAGACAACAUCAGAAUCUUUUGAUGAUACAGUCAUUUUUGAUAAAAGAAAUGUUUCCUCAACAACGCCUCCAUCAUCAGCAGCAAUAACUACAAUAGCAUCACCGAAAAAUCAACAACAUCAAACGGAAAUAGCAUCUUCAAACUCAAAAACAACAGCGGCAGCCUCGGCGGUAGCAACAGGAACGGAAGUAGAGAGUGAAACUGAAAUUGAUACUGAGAAAACACCAGACCAAGAAGAUGAAAACGAAGAAGAACAACAACAGCAUAAAAAUAACAUAAAUACAAACAGUGAUUUUGAGAAUGAAAUAAGUAACAGUGAUUAUUCCUUGAAAAGCAAUCGUUUUAGUCAUAGUGGUAAUGGUAGUGCUAGUGGCAAUAGUAGUAGUAAUAAUAAUAGUAAAAUUAAACAACAAGAACUUUCUCUUCUUCAACAUUUUUGCAAUAGUAGUUUUAUAAAUACUAAUAAACAACAACACCUGCAACAACAACAUCAAUGGCAACAGCAACAACAGAGUAGCAUUGAAUCUAAUAUUAGUAGUUCAGAAAGUAACAGAUACACCAAUAAUUAUUACAAUAUCAACAAUAGCAGUAAUUCCAACAACAACAUCAACAACAAUAACAAUAAUAAUAACAUUACCAGUAAUACAAACAACUGUAGUAGUGGGGUGUAUAGUAAUGUUAUAAGCAGUUGCAGUGCACCCAAACGGACUAUGGACGAUGUUGUUAAACGUUUGACACAUAAAAUGCAAAGUAAUUCAUUGGAUAUGCGACAAAGCGGCAGCAGUUCACCAACAUCAGUUAAUCUAAGUGAAAACAUGUCACCGUCACCAAAUUCACUUUUAACAAAUUUGGAUUACAACGUUGGACUAAGUGGAACUGGAACAAUACACGACAAGGAACGCAAACUAACCGAAAUGAUACGCCAGUUGCAAAUAAUACGGGAACGUUUACUAACACAAACUACUCUGGAGAUCUCAGACUACGAAAACCUUCAGCAGGAGCACUUACAGCGUAUUCAACAUGACUCUCGUCUUCAUGAGCUGCAGUCGCAGUUGAAUGCACAGUUUUCCGUAAAACAACCACCCUCUGCACUGGUACCGUUUUUGCCAGCUUUUCUGCGACCGCCUUUACCAGUACAACCGCUGUGGGAUACAGCGACAGCGAAUUUAGCUCAAUUGCAAGCUGCUCUAGUGGAGGCAGCAGCAACUUCAUCAUCGUCGGGAAAUGGCUCUCUGAACACAGAGUCACCACCGCUGCAAAUUGCGCAAAAUCAGUCACCGUCGCAGUCGCAGUGUACGUCAUUGCAUAAGCAAUCUCCAGUCGAUUCUGACAUACCACUUAACCUAACCAAACCAAAAUUAUCCCCAAUACAUUCUUCAAUGUCACAACAACAACAACAUCAGCAAUUGCAGCCGCAUCACCAGCAACAGCAGCAGCAAGCGAAUGUGUCACCUAGUAUCAAUGACACAUCUCAGUGUCUUCUAACCAGUCCCCAUGGAAUGAACCCUCACAGUCAAGGCUCAAGCCACACCAAAAAUAACCUUCAUUUGAAUAAUUCCAUGCGUGGCAUGCCACGUUCAUUUCUUCCCUCGCACUAUAGUCAGGUGAACGGUAGUGGAUCGAUCUGUCCUUCCGGUCCAUCACCAUCACAAAACUCAGUUGUUGAUUGUGCUCAGUUGGUGGUGGAAGAUCCACCUGAUUUUCUAUCUGCAUGUCGUAUGUGGACCUCACCUUCAGAAUCUGUUCUUAGUUCAGCCCAACAUCAUCCACACCAUUCACAUCAUGGUGUAAAACCAUCAAACGAUGAUGAAAAGGUAAGACUGGUACGAGCAUCAAGGCUAAGUCGGGACAGUGUGAGUGGUGGCAGUGCAAGUAACAUUCCUGUCAUAAAUAAUUCCGCUACUGGAGCUCUUAACCCAACAUCAGCUCCUAGUGGAAUGGAACGUGAACGUGAGUCUAGCAAGCCCCAUAUUAAGCGUCCUAUGAAUGCCUUCAUGGUUUGGGCGAAGGACGAACGUCGGAAGAUAUUAAAGGCCUGUCCGGAUAUGCACAAUUCAAAUAUUUCAAAAAUUCUCGGCGCACGUUGGAAAGCAAUGUCUAACUCUGAUAAACAACCUUACUAUGAAGAGCAAUCCAGGCUAUCCAAAUUGCAUAUGGAACAACACCCUGACUAUAGAUAUAGACCUCGGCCGAAAAGAACAUGCAUAGUUGAUGGCAAGAAAAUGCGAAUCUCUGAGUACAAAAUGCUUAUGAGAACGCGAAGAGCUGAAAUGCGUCAAUUGUGGUGCCGCGACGGCUCAGAAAACGUUGGCUAUUUGCAAGACAUGAAGGCAGCAGCAGCUACUGCUGCGGCUGCUGCUGCUGCUGCAGCCAAUAGUGGGCAAACUAUUGCCGACAAUCGGUCAGGAACUGGUGGUGGUUCGAAUUGUGCAGCAGGUAGUGGCAGCAGCGGAUUGGGGCCAUCUGUGACACCACCUUCAUCUGUUAUUUCAGCGGCCAACGGCCUUCUUAUGAGUGGUGCUCCUCCGGGAUGUGGAGGCAGUAGCGGCGGUGGGCACAGUUUCUAUUACCCCCAAGAUAGUUUAUCGCCAUCUGGUUUCUCAUCUGAAGGCAAUGCGACGAGUUUUGAUUCGCGCGAGGAUGACUGAAGGGAACUUUUGCGGUGGCCUACAAUACAUCCGCCGCACCCGGGUAUGGGAUUUUGGUAAAGAAAGCCUCCAUUCGCUCCCAAAAUUUCUUCAUUUUUCCCAUUCCCCACACGCCAUAACUAAACAACUCCGCACUCACUGACCCACCAGAUGAAGUUGUGUUGCCUGUAUUAACACUCAUACCCAAUUUAAGAUAAAGCUCCUUUAAAUGAACUCACAUAAAGUAAGCAAUAUAUUUCCAAAAAAUUUUCACAAUUAUUCCCUCAGCCACACAAAAUUACACACAGUCAGAAACAGUUACACAAGUAACACACAGCCGCAUACUUACACAAAAAUAUUUGUAAAUAUAAAUAAAGAGAAAUGCAGAAUUUACUUACUACUAUAUAAAUUAUUUUUUAAGUAAACUUAGAAAAAUAGGAUUAAAUAUAUACAUAGAUCGCUGAUAAGAUUUUGUUUGUUUUUUUUUUUUAUUAUGUUUAACUGAAGUAAGUGCCAUUUUUUGCAAUACCAUUUUUUUAAUUGCUAUGUCCUUAAACAUUCUAAUAAACAAUUACUUACAAUUUAUUAUAAAACGAAAACAUAAAAUAAAAAUUAUAAAAAAAACUACUUUUUAAGAUACUCUUUAAGAGAAAAGAAAAAAAAAAAAAAAAACGUUGAAGUAUAAUAAUAAAUAAUUAUUACAGACCACAUCUUAUAACGUAAGAAAGGUGGGAAAAUUGUGCCAUUUUAUAUGUUUGUUUUGGUUUUAUUACAUUUUUUUUUGUUCGUGUGUAAUUGUUAUUAUUUAUUAUAUAUAUACUUAUAUUUUUAUAGGUAGUUCAUAGGUCAUCUUUAAUUAGUUUUUGUGCAAAGUAAACGUAAUUCAAACCAACAUAGCCAUAUUUUAGUUUUUUAUUUUUUUUAAAUUUUUUUAGAUUAGUUUAUUCAAAUACUUUAAACAGCCAUAUAGUAAAAUAAUACUGAUUUAAAAAAAAUAAACAAACAAUUCUUUUUUCAUGCGCCAAAAGCUUUUAUACUUUUUUUCCUUUCCUUUUUCCUGUAUAAUCUAGACUAAGAGGCCUUUGUUUUAUUAAUGUACACAAAUAACUUACAAAUUUAAAUAAGAAUUAAACAAUACAAAUGUGCAAUUUUAUUUUUCAAAUCAAAUUUUUUAGUAUUCUAGCUUAACUUUUAUUGAAAUUUGCAAAAGAAAAUUAUUCCACAACUACAAAUAUUAUGCACGGAUAUUUUGUUUCUUAAAUACAGGGCUCAGGCCUCUUAGUAUACAUUCGUUGGUUUUCGUUGGUCUUAUAAUUUCGAAAAGGUCUUUUUUGUUUGAGAUUAUACAUAAAUAGAAUAUAUCAACAACUUUAUAAAUAAAAUGUAAACAGACAAAAUAAAAAAAAAAAACAACUAGCUUAUUUAAUAAAAAAAAAUCCGAUAAAAGAUUAAUUAAAUGAAAAGCAAAUAUACUUAUGUAUACAUAUUUUUGAAUUACAGAUAUUGUGGUAACAGUA